AUGGAAUGGCUCCGUAAUACGGUAGGAAUAGUCCAACAGGAACCAACCUUAUUCAAUGGCACUAUCGAGGAAAAUAUCCAAGUCGGCAGCCCGGAAAUUUCUCAAGCGGAAAUGGUACAGGUGUGCAAACUAGCGAAUGCUCACGAUUUCAUAAUGAAGCUUCCUAAGGGCUACUCUACUCUUAUUGGAGAAGGUGCUGUACAGUUAUCAGGCGGCCAGAAGCAACGUAUUGCGAUUGCUCGCACUUUAGCGCGAAAUCCACGGAUUCUUCUCCUAGAUGAGGCCACAUCUGCACUAGACGCUAACAGUGAGAGCGUCGUUCAGCAAGCGUUAGACAAUGCGUCUGCGGGCAGAACUACGAUAGUUAUAGCUCAUCGCCUCUCUACCGUCCGAAACGCUGACAAGAUUGCAGUAUUCGACAAGGGACAAAUAGUUGAGCAGGGUACACACGAAGAAUUAACUAAAUUAGGCGGACGGUACGCCGAUUUGGUUCGGGCUCAGCAAUUUCAACCAGAAGCCGAUGAAAAUCUACCACCUGAAGAUAAGGUGGAUGAAGAUGAGGUUCCACAAGGAGAAUUGUGCCGUAAAAGCUCAGAAACUCUUGCUCUCGGCCAAGCGGCAUUCGUCAGAGGGGUGAUGGCGCAAGAUUCGUUCAGUCGGAGCAGUUUCAUCAUGUCAUCAGCCGAGCAAAUAACAGUAACCCCAGAAAGCGCUCUGUUUGAAGAAGAAGUGAAAGCUGAUAUGGAGAAGGACGGUCAAAUCACUGGCGGUUUGACGACAGUAUUCCGAAACGCCCAAGGACAAUAUGGUACAAUGGCUUUAGCAGUUCUUUGUGCAGCAAUACGUGGACUUGAACUGCCAUCAAUGUCUAUGGCUCAUGCAAUGAACGAUGGUUAUGAAAGCGUUGUUAAGGUAUUCCAAGCUUUCAAUUAUUUCGCUGAUGAUCGGUCGAAGAUGAUGAUCACUUUGGUGUAUUGCCUUAUUGUAUACGUAUGUAUUGGCGUUGGCACAUUCCUUUUUCAACUCAGCGGGGAUGCUGCCUACUUCGACAACCCUCAACAUGCACCUGGACGGCUUAUCACUAGACUUGCAGCAGAUGCACCUAAUGUGAAAGCGGUUGUGGAUGGUCGGAUGAUGUACGUCAUCUUCAAUAUGACAGCCUGGAUGAUCUGUAUAAUUAUCGCUAUCUCGUCAUCAUGGCAUAUUGGAUUAACGGGAAUUAUUCUAAGGGCGAAAUUAGUAGCUAAUGGCAACACUUUCAGCGCUGCGCUUGGUGUAACUAUGGUCAUUCUCGCACGAACUAUUCAGAAAAGAAACCUGCAGUUGAUGAGAGAGAAUCAAGCAGGCAAGCUCUCUAUCGAAGUUAUCGAAAACGUUCGAACAAUACAAUUACUUACUCGGGAGCGAUAUUUCUAUGAUAAGUACGAAAAAGCGUCGAAACAGCAAAAAAGAAGUGAAAUGUCAAAAGGCUAUUAUGAGGCGGUCAAUUUCGCUCUGACACAAUCAUUUGUAUAUUACUCCUUAGCGGGUGCUUACGCUGUUGGCAUACCGAUAAUCACUCGAUUGCAUGUAGACCCACAAGACAUCUACAGAGCUGUUUUCUCUGUGUUACUGGCUUGUGUGGCAAUAAUGAACUCGUCGUCAUUCUUCCCAGAAUUCACCAAAGCUCGAACGGCAGCCGGAAUGUUGUUCAACAUGAUUAAUCGACGACCGAAGACUGGUGAUAUCAAUGUGGGAGAGCGUCCGGUAAUCCGUGGAAACUUGCUGUUUGAAGACGUAUAUUUCUCUUAUCCACAAAGACCACAUCAACCUAUUAUGCGCGGUCUGCAGUUCACAGUGCAAAAAGGACAAACAGUAGCGCUAGUUGGGCCAUCAGGAUCAGGCAAAAGCACUGUAAUAGCGUUGCUGGAACGAUUCUACGAUUCCACGUCUGGCGCAGUGCGCUUCGAUGGACAAGAUGUUCGAAGAUUGUGUUUGAGUCACCUCAGGUCGCAAGUAGCCCUAGUUGGUCAGGAACCUAGGCUUUUCGCUGGCUCUAUAAGGGACAACAUCUGUCUUGGGCUCAAGGACGUCGAUGACGCACAAAUCCGUGAAGCUAUUGACAUCGCCAACGCAUCCUCCUUCCUCAGUACACUUCCUCAGGACGUCGAUGACGCACAAAUCCGUGAAGCUAUUGACAUCGCCAACGCAUCCUCCUUCCUCAGUACACUUCCUCAGGGCCUCGACACAGAAGUGGGAGAGAAAGGUACUCAACUCUCAGGUGGUCAAAAGCAGCGGAUCGCCAUUGCUAGAGCCAUUGUACGUAAUCCAGUUAUUCUACUGUUGGAUGAGGCGACUAGUGCAUUAGAUACGGAAAGUGAAAAGGUACGAAUAUCUCUGAUUUCUUCAAAGGAGCCGGUAAAAUGGCCGUAG